GACCAGCGAGACUUCAUUGAUCAGAGACCCGCCUCGGGAGACCUGGGACUCGGGGCGCGAACGGAUUUCCUUGCGCCCUCCCGGAGCGCGCGCGGGGGUCGCCCCAUGGCAGGGACUCCGGGCCGCGAUCCAUGGGGGGCCCCUGGCAUUUGUUACCUUCUUGGCUCCCUGCUUGCCGGACUGCUCUUCCCAGGGGCUGUCGCCUUCAAUCUGGACGUGAUGGGCGCCCUGCGCAAGGAGGGCGAGCCAGGGAGCCUCUUUGGCUUCUCUGUGGCUCUGCAUCGGCAGUUGCAGCCCGGACCCCAAAGCUGGCUGCUGGUGGGCGCUCCCCAGGCUCUGGCCCUGCCUGGGCAGCAGGCGAAUCGCACUGGAGGCCUCUUCGCUUGCCCCCUGAGCCUGGAAGAGACUGACUGCUACAGAGUGGACAUCGACCGGGGAGCUGACGUGCAGAAGGAGAGUAAGGAGAACCAGUGGUUGGGAGUCAGUGUUCGGAGCCAGGGACCUGGGGGCAAGAUUGUUACCUGUGCGCACCGAUACGAGGCGCGGCAGCGUGUGGACCAGAUCCUGGAGACAAGGGACGUGAUUGGUCGCUGCUUUGUGCUAAGCCAGGACCUGGCCAUCCGUGAUGAGCUGGAUGGCGGGGAGUGGAAGUUCUGUGAGGGACGCCCCCAGGGCCAUGAACAAUUUGGGUUCUGCCAGCAGGGCACGGCCGCUGCCUUCUCCCCCGACAGCCACUACCUCCUCUUUGGGGCCCCAGGAACCUAUAACUGGAAGGGGUUGCUCUUUGUGACCAACAUUGAUAGCUCAGACCCUGACCAGCUGGUGUAUAAAACUUUGGACCCUGCUGACCGGCUCCCAGGACCAGCCGGAGACUUGGCCCUGAAUAGCUACUUAGGUUUCUCCAUCGACUCGGGGAAGAGUCUGGUGCGAGCGGAGGAGCUGAGCUUUGUGGCAGGGGCCCCCCGUGCCAACCACAAGGGUGCUGUGGUCAUUCUGCGCAAAGACAGCGCCAGUCGCCUGGUGCCUGAAGUUAUGCUGUCCGGGGAGCGCCUGACCUCUGGCUUUGGCUACUCGCUGGCGGUGGCUGAUCUUAACAAUGACGGCUGGACAGAUCUGGUAGUGGGUGCCCCCUACUUCUUUGAGCGCCAAGAAGAACUGGGGGGUGCCGUGUAUGUGUACAUGAACCAGGGGGGUCACUGGGCUGGGGUCUCCCCUCUCCGGCUCUGCGGCUCUCCUGACUCCAUGUUUGGGAUCAGUCUGGCUGUCCUGGGGGACCUCAACCAAGAUGGCUUCCCAGACCUUGCUGUAGGGGCUCCCUUUGACGGGGAUGGGAAAGUCUUUAUCUACCAUGGGAGCAGCCUGGGGCUUGUCGUCAAACCUUCCCAGGUGCUGGAGGGUGAGGCUGUGGGCAUAAAGAGCUUUGGCUACUCUCUGUCGGGUGGCCUGGAUGUGGAUGGGAACCGCUACCCGGACCUGCUGGUGGGCUCCCUGGCCGACACUGCCGUGCUCUUCAGGGCCAGGCCUGUCCUCCAUGUCUCCCACGAGGUCUCUAUUCUUCCAAGAAGCAUCGACCUAGAACAGCCCAACUGCGCCAGUGGCCACUCGGUCUGCAUGGACCUCAGGGUCUGUUUCAGCUACAUUGCAUCGCCCAGCAGCUACAGCCCCGUUGUGGCCCUGGAUUACACGUUAGAUGGGGACACGGACCGGAGGCUCCGGGGCCAGGUGCCCCGUGUGACCUUCCUGAGCCGUGGCCCGGAUGACCCCAAGCACCAGGCCUCAGGCACCGUGUGGCUGAAACACCAGCAUGACCGAGUCUGUGGAGACACUAUGCUUCAGCUUCAGGAGAAUGUCAAAGACAAGCUUCGGGCCAUCGUGGUGACUCUGUCCUAUAGUCUCCAGACCCCUCGGCUCUGGAGACAGGCUCCUGGCCAGGGGCUGCCCCCCGUGGCCCCCAUCCUCAAUGCCCACCAGCCCAGCACCCAGCGGACAGAGAUCCACUUUCUGAAGCAAGGCUGUGGUGAAGACAAGGUGUGUCAGAGCAAUCUGCAGCUGGUCCACGCCCGGUUCUGCGCCCGUGUCAGCGACACGGAGUUUCAACCUCUGCCCAUGGAUGCGGAUGGGACGACAGCCCUGUUUGCACUGAGUGGGCAGCCAGUCAUCGGCCUGGAGCUGAAGGUCACCAAUCUGCCUUCGGACCCAGCCCAGCCCCAGGCUGAUGGGGAUGACGCCCAUGAAGCCCAGCUCCUGGUCACCCUCCCUGCCUCUCUGCACUAUUCAGGAGUCCGGGCCCUGGACCCUGCGGAGAAGCCGCUGUGCCUGUCCAAUGAGAACGCCUCCCACGUUGAGUGUGAGCUGGGGAACCCCAUGAAGAGAGGUGCCCAGGUCACCUUCUACCUCAUCCUUAGCACCUCAGGGAUCACCAUUGGGACCACAGAGCUGGAGGUGGAGCUGCUGUUGGCCACGAUCAGCGAGCAGGAGCUGCAGCCGGUCUCUGCCCGAGCCCAUGUCUUCAUCGAGCUGCCACUGUCCAUCACGGGGGUGGCCGUCCCCCAGCAGCUCUUCUUCUCCGGCGCGGUGCGGGGCGAGAGCGCCAUGCAGUCCGAGCGGGACGUGGGCAGCAAGGUCAAGUAUGAGGUUACGGUCUCCAACCAAGGCCAGUCACUCAAUACCCUGGGCUCAGCCUUCCUCAACAUCAUGUGGCCCCACGAGAUUGCCAACGGGAAGUGGCUGCUGUACCCCAUGCGGGUGGAGCUGGAGGGCGGGCAGGGGCCUGGGCAGAGGGGACUCUGUUCCCCCAGGCCCAACAUCCUCCACCUGGAUGUGGACAGCAGAGACAGGAGGCGGCGGGAGCUGGGGCAGCCGGAGCCGCAGGAGCCUCAUGAGCAGCUGGAGCCCAGCACAUCCUGGUGGCCAGUGUCCUCUGCUGAGAAGAAGAAAAACGUCACCCUGGACUGCACCCGGGGCACGGCCAGCUGCGUGGUGUUCAGCUGCCCUCUCUACAGCUUUGACCGUGCAGCUGUGCUGCAUGUCUGGGGCCGCCUCUGGAACAGCACCUUCCUGGAGGAGUACUCGGCUGUGAAGUCCCUGGAAGUGAUUGUCCAAGCCAACAUCACCGUGAAGUCCUCCAUCAAGAACUUGCUGCUCAGAGAUGCCUCCACAGUGAUCCCAGUGAUGGUAUACCUGGACCCCGUGGCUGUGGUGGCAGAAGGAGUCCCCUGGUGGGCCAUCCUUCUGGCUGUACUGGCCGGGCUGCUGGUGCUGGCGCUGCUCGUGCUGCUCAUGUGGAAGAUGGGAUUCUUCAAGCGAGCGCGGUACCCCGAAGCCACUGUGCCCCAGUACCACGCGGUGAAGAUCCCACGGGAAGACCGGCAACAGUUCAAGGAAGAGAAGACGGGCACCAUCCUGAGGAGCAACUGGGGUGGCCCCCGGGGGGGGGGCCCCGAUGCACACCCCAUCCUGGCUGCGGAUGGGCACCCAGAGCUGGGCUCCGAUGGGCACCCUGUGCCAGGCACUGCCUAGCCUCCUUCUUCCCAGCCUGGCCCAUGGGUCCCCUGCACCCCUUCCCCAGAGAUGGCUCCUAGGGAUGAAGGGGGCAGGCUGGGUUGCUGGUGUCCCAUCAGGAUGUGGCAGGAUCUGUUUCCUCAGGGGCACAGACCUCUCUCCCCGUGAGGACCACCCCCACCCACCCCCAAACCUCCCCUUAGGAUGCUGUGAGAUGAGAGGGGGUAAAUCAGGGAUGGGUCAUGGGGGAGGGUGAGGAGGGCAGUGGUGUCCUGAUGCAAAAGUGGGGAGAAGGGACCCUAAUCCCUCCCUCUCCCAUUCACCCUGUAUAAUGAGACCCCCAAAGACCUAUCUCCCUGAAAGUGCCUUAAGCCCAGAGGGUGGGGAGGAGGUUAUGUCGCUGACUCAGGGGCUCUUCCCUCCCUAGCUUCCCCUCUCCUCUGACCUUAGUUUGCUGCAUCCAUCAGUGGAUUUUGUCUAUUUAUUAAAAACAAUGUGAG